GGAAAAGAUAACGCAUAGAUCACAGGUUUAUUAAGCAAAUACAGAAUGGGAAUUACGAAAGCAACAUUAAUUCUAAGUUUCGUGUGCUUCACUAGCAACAAGAGCGGGGAGUUGUUUCCCUCGUGUCCUUGUUAUCGGCAGCUCUUAUCUUAGAAAAACAGCGGUGCUUGGAAGGUCUCAGAACCCAGCGCUGCACUUUGCCAUUCAGCGCUGGUAGCACUUGGCCGCGCGGAGUUCCACGUGCAUCGAGCGUUCCCUUCUUCGAAUUUCAUUUGGUUGGCAUUCCUUAUAACAUCAAAUGGAAUGCUGAUCACGCAGUUCGCGCUAGAAUAAGGCACUAUACAGCAAUAUGCCUACGGAUACAAAAACUGACGCGAGAGCAAAGUUUCAGCACUUAUCAGGCCCUCCUGUUCUCACGCACGCGCUUCUUCCUUUGGUGAUCAUGCUGCUCAUGCCAAACGUCGUCGUGUGCACCGUGUGCUUCGUAGUUUCUCACAGCUCGUCCACGACAAAGGCCUUCGAGUUCGGCUUCUCCAAGUUCUGGCACGAAUCCUGGGCAAGCCAAGGCUUUGCAACGCUGGAAACAUGGGCGUUUAUUGUCGCGUUUACUGUUUACAGCGGUCUCUCUCUAGUACUGAUCCCUGGUAGUACUUAUCACGGCCCACCAACGUCGUCGGGGCACAGGCCUGUGUACCGGAAGAGCGGCUUCACCUAUUACGUCAUCAGCAUGACUAUAGCCGCUUGCGUUUUGAUAGUUGUUGACGCUCCUUGCCAGGUAGCAUACAGGUGCACACCUGGAUUGGCCGUUGCGCUCGCACUGUUCGCCUUCGCAAUUCCGCUGCUUCUGUACGCGAAGGGGAGAGUGAGUCCCUCGCCAGGAGAACACGGCACAACAGGAAGCCUGGUAUUCGACUUCUACUGGGGCAUGGAGCUCUAUCCUCGCAUCGGGGAACGACUGGACAUCAAACAAUGGACGAACUGCCGCUUCGGGAUGAUGAUGUGGCAGCUGCUGGUCUUGGUCGGCUGGAAGGCUCAAGUCGAGGCGAGCGGCUGGAACUGGUGCGUGGCAUCUACGGCUCUGUUGCAGACGAUUUACAUCGCGAAGUUCUUCUGGUGGGAAGAUGGUUACAUGCAGACCAUCGACAUCACAGUGGACAGAGCAGGCUUCUACCUCUGCUGGGGAUGCGUCGGCUUCAUGGGUAUUAUGUUCCCGUUAACCAGUUUCUACAUGGUCGAGAACACUCCAGAGAACAAACCGGUUGUGGCAACCGCGACGUUUAUUGUGGGGGUUACAAUGAUAGGGCUUAACUAUUGGACAGACUACCAGAAACAAAUGGUACGAUCGACGCAGGGGAAAUGCACAGUGUGGGGGUCGCCGCCGAGGCUCAUACGGGCGAUCUAUUACGACGCAAGUGGAAAUCCGAAGAACAGCCUUCUACUGGCCUCGGGUUUCUGGUCACUUAGCCGUCACGCCAACUACAUGUUCGAAGUGCUCGUUGGCCUAUGCUGGGCACUGCCAUCUGGAGCUUCCAGCUUCGUGCCCUACUUGUACGUCUUAUUCCUUGUGGUUUUGCUGUUGCACAGAAGUUACAGAGACGAGAAGAAGUGCUAUGAAAAAUAUGGGCCGUAUUGGAAGGAGUAUUGUCGUCUAGUGAAGUAUCGAAUUGUGCCUGGUGUCUUCUAGCCUAAUUACGCAAAGAAAUGAAGAGAUAGCAUGAAACCAUUUGCAGUGUUCCCAUGCGGUCUCGUUGUUUGUUGUGUGCCCACAUUGAAGCAGUCAGACGAAAUAUCUUGUUGUGUUACCAGUCCAUCAUUUCUAAGCUCAUGGUCAGGUAAUCACAAUUUCACUCUGAUAUGCGCUCACCCUAGGUCUCACACUUAACGGCUCGUCGGUACUAGCUGUAGACGCAUGUGCCCGGGGUUAGUCAUGUGGGGAACCAAUGGUGCCACCGCACUUAACGUUAAAACCCUUUACUGUCAUCUGUUAGCAUGAAAUCGACACACUUUCCCUCUUUGAUGCCGUCCCUCCAAACCUAGCAGCGUCAAAACAAACUGACUUGAAUAACAUCGAAAAAUAAGCUGCAAUUAUACUUUUUCGUCAGCGAGAGAUGAGAUUAAGGAGCGGCUGAUUUUAUCAUUACCUGCUGUAGCGACGGAAGGCAAUAACAUAGGCGAAUUACGAUCGAAGUAGGCAGCUUGGUCAUUGCCAUUUUGUUAUGCAGUCGCGGUAACUGACGGGAACAUCCAGGUAAAAUUUGUGUAUGCGCAGUUGCGGCCGCCGGUAUCCGUAUCGGUAACGGUAACAGUAACGAAGUAACACUAUGCUAAAACACUCUUUUAAUCCCCAUCGCGUCCCAUACUGCAUUCUCAGGCAGUGCAUAUUCUCUGGAAUGAAUACACGCAAAAAAAAAAGGCAUGCGUCUACUGCCGGAAAAGCCCGGAGACCACUCAGCACAUCCUAAUGGAAUGCGAAGGUGUUCACAUUCCGUAGGUAUCCCAUACCUUCCAGAAACAAUGAAAGUGCAUAGGAGUAUCAACGGGUCACAAUUUGAGAUAAUCCAGACAAUUUUAGAGUAUUGGGGGAAUAAUAAGCCGGAGAGAGAUUCAUGUGACCGCAUUCGCUACAGACAUAGGUAGCGGCACAAGAUAGAUAUGGAAGUUUUAAGGAAGAGAAAAAAGAUUGAGAUGUAUAAACAAUGCUAUAUUGAAUAAAACAUGCGUAGCAUA